GGCUGUGCUGAGCCCCUGGAUGCCCCUUUCUGUGGCAGGGUGGUAGCCAGGGCCAAAAAUAGCCCAGGCAGCAGCAGCAGCAUUCCCUGCUCCCCUCCCCGCCGCACCCCUGACGUCUGGAUCGGGGCGCCUCCUCCCGCAUUUCCUCAGGAAGAAACCCAAGGCUGGAGGGAGGAAAAGGCCGCCCCACGGGUGGGACAGCACAGAGGGACACCAGCGUGGGGCUGGGGAGCCACCAGGACUGGGGCCCUGGUGCCCUGCUGGAAUGGAGAGCGCCCGGCCCAUCCUCUGCCUCCAGCUGUGGCUGUGGGUGCAGAGCUCUGCCCAGGAGCUCGACCCCGAGGGCAGGAACGUCUGCAGGUUCCCGGCCGGCCCGGCGUGCUGUCCCGGCUGGAGGCAGGACGGGAGGGCGUGCACGGUCGCCGUGUGCGAGGGGGAGGACGCCUGCAGAGAGGGCGAGGUGUGCCUGAAACCCGGGCUGUGCCGCUGCAAACCCGGCUUCUUCGGAGCAGACUGCAGCUCCCGCUGCCCCGAGCAGUACUGGGGCCACGACUGCAAGCGGAGCUGCCCGUGCCACCCCAACGGGAGCUGCGACCCCGUCAGCGGCCACUGCACCUGCGACCCCAACCACUGGGGAGGGCUCUGCCAGUUCCCCUGCCAGUGCGGCCCCCACGGCCGCUGCGACCCCCUGACCGGGCUGUGCCGCUGCGAGCCGGGCUGGUGGGCACCAAACUGCAGGAAGCAAUGCCAGUGCAACCCCUCCACCUCGCACUGCGACCCCCUGACCGGGCUGUGCCGCUGCCUGCCGGGCUGGUGGGGCAGGAGGUGCAGCUUCAAGUGCUCCUGCAACGUCUCGCCCUGCGCGCAGGAGACGGGCAAGUGCGAGUGCCUGCCCGGAUUUUGGGGACCGGCGUGCCAGAGGCGCUGCGACUGCGGGCACGGCUCCUGCAGCCCUGCCAGCGGCCACUGCACCUGCGAGCCCGGCUACCAGGGCAGGAGCUGCCGGGACCCCUGUCCCGCAGGGAAAUACGGGUCUCAGUGCGUGCACAGCUGUGGGAGCUGCAAGCGCAGCCAGCCCUGCUCACCCGUGGAUGGUUUCUGCCUGGCCUGCCAGCCCGGCUGGAACGGGACCCUCUGCAAGGAUCCCUGUGCUCCUGGAUUCCAUGGGGAUGGCUGCCUCCAGCCGUGUCCCCGCUGCCAGCACGGGGAGCCCUGUGACCCCCAGACCGGGUCCUGCCUGCGCUGUGACCCCGGCUGGAUGGGACCCAGCUGCAACAACUCCUGCCCCGUGGGCACCUUUGGUGAUGGCUGCCAGUUCCUCUGCCCUGAGUGUGUUUCGGGGAGCUGUGACCCUGUGACAGGAGUUUGCAUCUGCCAGGCAGGCUACUGGGGAGACAGCUGCAAUGACACCUGUCCUGAGGGGUAUUUUGGAGUGAAUUGUUCCUCACCCUGCCAGUGCUCCCGGGGAACCUGCGACGCCGUGCAGGGUGACUGUGUGCUGAGUUUGAAGGACCAUGGAACCCUUGCAGCCGCCAUCCUUGUCCCUCUCCUGCUGCUGCUGCUCUGUGUUGCCUGCUGCUGCUGUGGUGCUGGCUCAGCAGAUGCCAGAGACAGGGCGGCUGUGCCAGAUGAUGAUGUGGUGGCCAGGAUGAAGCACCAUGUGCAGGGGGUGUUGGCCAACCUCAGUGCUCUCAUGCCCUGCUUUAACCUGGGGACCUCGAAACUUCCCAAAGUCACAGUUUCCCAUCACGACGUGGAAAUCCCCUACAACCCCAGUUUUAUCGAGCCACCAUCAUCUGCGUGGGUUUCAGACAGCUCCUUCUCCUCCUUUGACACCGACAACGAGGGACCGGAGUACUCCGUCCCUCCCAGAGAAGGCAUCCCGCUGCUGGGCGGUGCUGAGCUGCAGGAUGGGGCAUCUCCCCCUGGCCAGGCACUCCCAGAUCCGUCAGCCUUCGACUCCGAGGAUGUCUCGCAGCCCUUCGCCAUCCCCCGCACCUCCAGCAUCGCCAAGGCCAAGCGACCCUCCGUGUCCUUCGCCGAGGGGACGAAAUUCGGGGCGGCCGAGACGCCCAGCCCCAGCAGGAAGCCCAAGGCCCCGUGGGGCCCAUCCAGGCUGACCCCACCGCCGGGGGAUGUGGCGGCCGAGCCCCCCAGCGAGCGCCCCGCCAGCGAUUGCUACGAGAACCCCGAGCCCCUCAGCAAGGGGGACGAAAGCCACCGGCCAUCGCCACGGGCCACGCCGGGGGGACGCCGCAGGAUGGUGUCCAGCACCAGGCAUGUGGCCCAGAGAGUGGAGGCGCUGGAAGCAGCUGCGAAAUCUGGCAGCUGGGAGGCGAAGGGGAAGAAGGAACACAAUGUCACCACCAUCUACAUGAUGGUGGGAACGGCCGGGCAGGACCCCAAGGCGGAGGGGAGUGGUGAGGGACCGGUCCAGGCUGUGCUGAAGCGUCUGGGCAGCUUGCAGAGGGGCAAGUGGGCUGCGAAGGAGGAGCCCAAGGCGAGGAGGAGCAUGGAGGCCAUCCAGAAACCUCCUCGCCGGGCUCUGGCGCAGCGCAGGGACUCGGAGAACAGCAGCAAGCAGAGGGAGAGUGUGCCGGGGGCUCCUGCCGAGUCAGCCCCUGGCAGGCAGCAGCAUCCCGCUGCCAAGAGACUGUCCCUCCUCCUGGCAUCUCUCUCGUCAAAAAACACCGGUGCCCAGGACGGGGCCAGCGAAACCCUAGGUGCCACAGAGAAGGGCAAAAGCCCGGAGUUAGCUGGCAGCCUCGAAAGGAAGGGUCAGGCUGCCGCGGAGGAAGAGCCGAAAUACGAGAACGUGGCCGGCAGCGGGGCUGAUUCGCCCUCCGGGCCCGGCAAGGAGCUGCCGGCCGCCCCUCCGGCCACCUGAGCCGGUACCGCCCGGGCUGGGACCGCGGGAGCCGCCGGGCUCCUCCUGCCCCAGCCCGGGGCAGCCGAGGGCCGGCUCCGAGCCGUGAACUGGAGAAGCUUUGAGCCUUCCCGGGGACCUCCUCUGCUCUGGAGCCUCGCUGGGGCCACAGCGGGGACAGCCUGUGGGGUUGUGGUGCUUGAGGGCUGUUUUCUGCUCCUCCCUGCCCUACCAGCCCCGCUUGUGUCUGCACAGCCCCGGGGGACAGCGAUGCUCUGGAUGCUGUGGUGGCACACUCAAGUCCCUGUCACCACUAGGGAUGUACCCAAUGCGGGGCUGCUGAGUGCUCAGCUGGGAAAUGCAUGCACAAAAUCCAGUCUCACCCCGUCGGUUUUCACCUUUCCCAGUUCCAGUGAUGUAGCUCAGAGCCUCUUGCUGGAAAGGUGUUUCUCACUGAAGGGGAUUAUUUUGUAGAGCUGGGCUGAGGAGAGAUGAUGGGCUAUCAAAAGCAGCUUCAGAGAAAAUGAAUUUUAGCUGCUUAUCUCAAAGAGCAUCUGGGUCUGCAGGGGUUUAUCUGUGUGGCUCUGGCUUCUGUGGCAGGCCCUGGCUGCCUUUGCUUCCAUGUGGAAAAGCUCGUGGCAGGACACAGUGUGUAGUGACAGCCUUUUAAACUCCACACAGUUCCAAGCUUCAGUUGUGCAAACGUGGCAGCUGGGCAGUGACCAUCUACCUGUGCACCUGGCGCCGUGCUGAUAAGGAUGGAAGUUGCCUGGAAAAUGAGAUUUCCAGGGGUGCCCUAAGCUCCUGCCACCUCCCACGCCUCAUUCCUGCUGUGAAGGCAACUGAGAUGCCAAAAAGGAUUUGCAGAGUGAUCUGGUUUUAGAUGUAUCUAAGUAGUAGAAGGUUUUUGUGUAUUUUUUCUGUUAUUUCGCAUGGUGCGAAAGCCUUGGAAUGAAAAUUAAAUGCCCUUCAGGAGAUGGGUUUCCCAGUCACCCUUGCAGUCAAAGAUACUACCAGGAAUAUUCUCCAGAGUGUGGAAACUGUCAGCAGCCUCAGGCUUGUCGUUUGGGAGGGUUUUUUUAGGAGGGUUUUUUUAGAUUUUCUGGCUCUGUUGAAUUCUGAAUUCUCACUCACUGAGCUGAGCCCUGCGCAGAGCCCGAGACUGGAGUGCAGGAGAAAUGUGGGUGGGCUAUGAGUGUCCAGAGCCCCUCUGCUGCAGCCUGCACCUCACACAUCGUGUGCAGAGCUCCACACAAAUCCUUCAGCCGGGGUUCAGGGUUUGGGGUGUUUCAGAAAACACAGUGGGUUUUGCUUUUUCCCUUUUGCUUCCCAUGGGUGCUUCUCCAUAGCACAAGGCACCAAAUCCCCACGGUCUGAUGUGGCUGAAGUUUCCAGUUUUGCAACCAGCACGAAGCACCCUUUCCUGCAGUGGAAUCAUCUGCUGCUGUGAUUAUAACACCAAAUAUUCUGGCAUCCAAAUAAAACUGCUCAUCCUGGCAGGACUGGAGCAGCA